UGUUGUGGUUAUUUAUCUAUGACAAUCGCGUGCAUGCAUUUCGCGUGUUUGUGGGUUUGUGCAUGUGCGUUUGCGUAAGAGUAGAACUUGUUUGACGCUAACAGGUAAUCACAGUGAACGAUGGAUGACGAGGCCGAGACCUACAAGCUGUGGAGGAUUCGAAAGACUAUUAUGCAGCUGUGCCACGACAGGGGAUACCUGGUGACGCAAGAUGAAUUGGACCAGACGCUUGACCAGUUCAAGCAGCAGUUCGGCGACAAGCCGAGUGAACGGAGGCCCGCAAGGAACGACUUAAUCGUGCUCGUCGCCCACAAUGACGAUCCCACUGAUCAGAUGUUCGUUUUCUUCCCUGACGAGCCAAAGAUUGGCAUCAAGACGAUCAAGACGUACUGCCAGCGGAUGCAGGAGGAAAACAUUUCACGGGCCAUCAUCGUCGUCCAGGCAGGCAUGACACCGUCAGCGAAGCAGGCCCUGGGAGACAUGGCACCCAAGUACAUUCUGGAGCACUUUCUGGAAUCGGAGUUGCUCAUCAACAUCACAGAGCAUGAGCUCGUGCCGGAGCACGUGGUCCUCACCCCAGAAGAGAAGACUGAGCUGCUUGCACGAUACAAGUUGAAAGAGAACCACCUGAUGAGGAUCCAGGCGGGAGACCCCGUGGCACGGUACUUCGGACUCAAGAGAGGCCAGGUCGUCAAGAUCAUCCGGCCUAGUGAGACUGCUGGACGGUACAUCUCGUAUCGUCUGGUGGUGUAGAGUAACCAAGUGUUCAUUACUUUAAAAGGGUCUAAAGUCAGGCAUCAACGUGACAUCCGCAAGACAUCAACACCACGUCCAUUGCCACAUCAUCGUCAGUGUCCACUACUGGGGAAGGCUGGUUGGCUCUCUUGGGAACGCGGGCAUCCUUCAAGUCCACCUACUGUCGCGCUUUGUGGUAAAUGGUCGCCUAAUUAAUUUUCAUCACGUCAUAGACCGCAACUACGUCAAGCUCGAAGUUGUCAUCAGUGCUUUCAUUCAUUAAAGCUAUUCAGUUCAA